AUGCUCAGAAACUUGGUUAGUCCUGCUAUCACUAGACCUUUGACUCGUAGCAAGCUCACAGCUAGAGCUUUCUCUACUUCCUUCGUUCAAAGACAGGCUGCUUCUACCAAUGACUCUGGUUAUACUCAUAUCUUGACAGAAACGAGAGACAAGGUUGGAUUGAUCACCUUGAACCGUCCAAAGGCAUUGAACGCGUUGUGCAGUGACUUAUUCCAUGAAGUCAACGAUGCUCUUGAUAAGUAUGAUGCUGAUGACAAUAUUGGUGCUAUCGUCAUCACUGGUUCUCAAAAGGCUUUUGCUGCUGGUGCUGAUAUUAAGGAAAUGAAAGACUUCAAGUACGUUGAUACUUACAAGAAGAACUUCUUGGGUCACUGGGCUCAUAUGGUUGACAUCAGCAAGCCCAUCAUUGCUGCUGUCAACGGCUAUGCUCUCGGUGGUGGUUGUGAAUUGGCCAUGAUGUGUGAUAUCAUUUAUGCUGGUGAAAAGGCUGUUUUCGGUCAACCUGAAAUUAAGCUGGGUAUUAUUCCUGGUGCUGGUGGUACUCAACGUCUUGUGAAAGCUGUCGGUAAAUCCAAGGCCAUGGAAAUGGUCUUGACUGGCUCCUUCAACCUGAACGCUCAAGAAGCAUUGCAAUCUGGCCUUGUUAGCAAGGUUUUGCCUGCCGAGAAUCUUGUUGAUGAAGCUGUCAAGACUGGUAAUGCUAUUGCCAGCAUGAGUCAACCUUCCGUUCGCAUGGCUAAGGAGCUUAUCAACAAAUCAUUUGAAGUAUCUCUUUCUUCCGGUUUGCGCUGGGAACGUAUCCUCUUCCAAUCUCUUUUUGGAACUGCUGAUCAAAUUGAAGGCAUGGGUGCUUUUGCUGAAAAGAGAGCUGCCAAAUUCACUCAUAAAUAA